AUGAUAAACCUAUUCGCAAACCCAAUUCCCAUUGAAGAAUCUACACAAAAGGCUGAUGGAAUAAAUCUCUUUAGCUUCGCACGGCCUUACAUGCGAGCUUUUCACUUCUCAUGGCUCUCUUUUAAUGUCGCCUUCACUGGCUGGUUCGCUAUUUCACCACUGAUGCCAACAAUAAGAAAAGAUCUCGGCCUUAGUCCAACCAACGUUAAUAAUUCCAACAUAGCCUCAGUCGCCGCUACCGUUCUCUUCCGUAUGCUCGUCGGACCCUUAUGCGAUCAAUUGGGUCCAAGACGCGUCAUGGCCAUAGUACUCAUUAUCGGUUCCAUUCCUACCGGACUCGCAGGCCUGGCAACAAGUGCAACUAGUCUGAUAAUCGUACGUUUCUUUAUUGGCUUCCUCGGCGCCGCCUUUGUUCCCUGCCAAUUCUGGACGACACAAAUGUUUAGUAGUCGUACUGUCGGAAGUGCGAAUGCCUUGGUCGGUGGAUGGGGAAACAUGGGGGCAGGAAUUACAUAUCUGAUUUUGCCUGUGAUAUUCAAUUUGUUCUGCGACUUUGGUCUGACACCUCAUCAGUCAUGGCGUGUCGUAUUAGUUGUACCUGUCAUUCUUCUGGUUACAGUUGGUAUAUGCAAUCUUCUUUUUGCCGAUGACUGCCCGCAAGGCGAUUGGUCUCAACAUUGGGUUCCAAAUACCGAAAAGGUUAAUAAUGAAAAAGUUAACAAUGAAAAAGUUGAUAAUGAGAAGGUUAAUAAUGAAAAAAGAGAAGACUCAGAAAAAAUCAUUGCAGAGAAAAAACAAGACAACGAAACCAGUGUUGAUAGCGAUUCCGAGAAACAGAAUGUAAAACCUACAUCACGACCAAAACCUAAGGAUUUCUUACGGGCCCUAAAGAACCACAACGUCAUCAUCCUCAUGUGCAUGUAUUCCUGUAGUUUCGGACUCGAGCUUGCCGUCGACAACGUCAUUGGUCUCUUCUUCGUUGAUCAAUUUGGCCUCAGUCAGACGUUCGGAGGUUUAGUUGGCGCGCUAUUUGGGCUCAUGAACUUCCUUUCUCGGCCUUCGGGUGGUUUCAUAUCCGAUGCCGCCAACAAACGAAUGGGUAUCCGAGGUCGUAUGAUUACGCAGUUCUGCAUCCUAUGCUGUGAAGGCGUCUUCUUGAUUGUCUUUCGAUAUACAUGCGACUCACUGACCGGAGCACUCAUCGCGCUAGUCUUCUUCAGUUAUUUUACACAGGCGUGCGCCGGCUCCACAUUUGGUAUCGUCCCUUUCGUUGACCCACCGAUAGUCGGUGCUAUCUCGGGCCUAGUCGGAGCUGGGGGCAACUUAGGUGGACUUUUGUUGAUCGUCGUCUUUAGAGCGUCAAUGGUAGGAGGAUCAUAG